AGUUUCACUUUUCCACCAUAUAUAUUCCCAACACUUCCUUCUCCCUUUCAACUUUCCUUCUCCUCUUCUUCUCUCUCCAUUCCCAAGUGUCUUUCAAUUCCACCAUAUCAUGAACAAUAUUACAAAUAAUGCCUACAGAGAAGAAAAAUCAUUCUGCUAUUUCCACCCCCGACAACUUCUUCUCGGGGUCUGCCCCUUGUGCUUGAACGAGAGGCUCCUCCUCCUCGCCGCAAAACAAGGUCGCCACCACCACCGCCACCGCCACCGUCACCACCACCACCACCACCACUGUUCUUCUUCCUCCAAAUCUUCCCACCGGCUUCCACACGCAAAACCACCCUCUUCCAUUCACAAGAUCUUCGCUUUCGGCUCUCUCUUCACUCGCCACGAAUCCCACCACUGGAAAUCUCACAACCACGACUACGACAAUGACUAUGACGAUGUCUCUCCCAGUCCAGAAGAGUCGUUCAUCUCAAUCAAGUUUGAAGAGAACGGGGUGGCGUCGUGGGAAAAGAGCAGAGUGUCGAAGAAGGUGUCCCUAGAGAAGUGCAACAGGAAAGUGUCGUGGAAGAAGGAAAACAAGGAGAAGAGCGUGAUAGAGCACGCGAAGUCACGUGAGGCGUUUAGGUGGCGAAAGAGGAUAGGGCACAUGUUCCAGCUCAUACGGUGGAAGAAGAGUGGCGGUGUGUGCCACGUGGAGGGAGUCAAGGUGAGAAAGGGUGGUGGUGGUGGUUGGAUGAGGACUCUGACAAAGAGGAAAACGACCAUCGAAUAAAGCCUCAUAAACAACACCACCAUUUUUCUUCUUCACUUUGCAGUCUGCACUGUAAAGUUACAUCAUACUAUUCAAAUUCCCUUUCUCUCCUUCUUGCUAUCUAAAAAUAUGCUCUUCCUUGUAAUCAAAUGGUUUUGGGUUUUUAAUUUCUUCAUGGCUAUAGACAGUACAGGCUGUAAAAGGUUUGGUUUUCAGAGUUAUAAUAUAGUUAAAAAAAUAUAAUGAAAAAUUAAGAAUUUUCUCCAUAAAAAAAACACGAACUCCUCAUGUUAGGUACCCGUAGUGGGAAACAAUGAAGCAUAAGGGCCCUUCAACAUUGUGUUACAGUACUUGUCUUAUAGUUGUCUUAGGGGGGAGAAUGUCUUGUUCCCAGUUUUCUAAAUACCACUAUAUAUAAUAAUAAAUAACAGUGCAAACAUUUUAUAAAAA